AUGUCCUCUCGUCCACUUCCAUCUCUCGGCGAUAACGGAUUGUCUUCGAUUUGCCCCCAAUCUCGUAGACUUCUACCGACUCCAUCAUCGAGUUCUGAGGGCACCAGCUCUGGUUCCGGCAAAGGACCAUCCGUACCCCUCCGCCGUCCUCGGGCCAACCUGACAAACAUCGCCUGCGAAUCUUGUCGGAAACGAAAGGCCAAGUGUUCUGGCGAACGUCCGAAAUGUAGGGGUUGCAUCAAAAGAGGCAUCGAAUGUCAUUACCAGGCUUCAGACCGGGGCCAGCAUGUCCCAAAGCGGAAGUACGAUGAGAUACAACAAAAAUCCGAAACCUACGAACAACUCCACCACCUCCUGACGUGCCUGCCAGAGCGAGAGGCCUAUGGCAUCCUCGGCAGACUUCGCGAGGGCGCCGAUGUUGCCACAACCAUGCGGCAGGUGAAAGACGGCGACUUUCUGAUACAGCCGGCAUGGGCAUCAGAGACACGACUUCAUUACGAGUUCCCUUAUUCCACUUCCAUGCCGACUGUUCUAUUCUCACCAGACAACCCAUAUCUCGGCUUACCAGUAUUCGAAAUUACGUCUCACGCUCUGCCGCAGUCAGCAGAGCAAACAGAGAUUUGGGCAAGCCAGAUCGAGACCAUCUACAUGACGCUGUAUAACGCAGUAGAACUGGUGGACCCUCACAUACCAAACAUUCAAGUUUCCAAGUGGACAUCUGUUGAGGCAGACGAUGAGUUACUGCGAGCACUCUUGCGAGCAUACUUUCUCCAUGACUAUGCGAAUUACACUUGUUUUCAGAAAGACAUCUUCCUCCAGGCCAUGAGAGACGGCGAUACUCGAUUUUGCUCUCCUUUACUCGUCAACGCUGUCCUGGCCAAAGCAUGUCAGAGUUAUCGUGGAGCCACCCAACGUGCCCAGUUUUGGAGACCAGAGACUCUGGGCUACAGGUUCCUCGUAGAGGUGAAACGACUCUGGGAGCUGGACAGCGGUAAGGUCAAGCUCACCAAUCUGCACGCCGCAAUGGUACUGCAUGUUAUCUAUACCAUUGAUGGGAUGGAUCAAAUCGGAGUAUCCUAUCUGCUUCAAUCGGUACAAUUGUCACAGAGCCUGAAACUUUUUGCAUCGGAGCAGGAGGAAGGGAGAACGAGGACUGCCCGUGUAUUCACGGCCUGGGCCCUAUAUCGCUGGCAAUCAAUGCAGGCUUUCCAUAACUCUAGAGCUCCCCUGAUCAGGGAGCCUCCAGCGACGCCAAUGCCAGACCUAGACAAAGACCCUUCGUGGUACGGGGAACUAUGGCUAAGAUAUCCCCCGAGCUCGAUACUCGUACCAAUGCACUUUGGAUAUGUCUAUCGAGCUCAAACGGAGCUACGCCGUAUUACCAAUGGCAUUGCCUGUAUCAUAUCCGAGGACAAAAAAACUGCUCGGGGUUUAAUGGCAAACGAACUGGCUCAUUUUCAAAAGGAGCUCGACGACUGGUACAAUGCUCUUCCAGAACCCAUCAAGUCGCACAAGGCAGUGCUACCGUGCCAGCUUAUAAUGCACAUGGAGUACUGUGUUCUGCUUUUCAAAGUCGCCCAAAUGGUGCCAGAGACGAAGUCACGCCUAUCCACAGGUGCCGACGCAGCCAACAAUGACUCUCAACCUUCCAAAGCUGUUGCGUACGCUUUAAGAUGUCUCGAAACUGUACUUCGUCUCUACUACCUACGUCACAGCUUCGAGCACAGCGAUCCAUACCUAACCUACUUCCUCUCCCUCCUAGCAAAUAUGGCUAUCGAGAAUAUGAAUAGCGACUCAGUAUCCCUAGAUGAUGUCGAACCCCUCAAGACCCUACGCGCAACACUCAUACUCACUGUCAAAGGCCUCUACGACCAAGGCCAGCACGUAUACGUCCCGUCCGCCAUAUACCGGCUGAUGCGGGACCGCAUGACGAACGAAGACAUGAAUGGGCUGAGGGGGCACACGAUGUGGAAGGACUACCAAUUGCUGGUCCCACACUCUAUCAGAUCGACGUUUCCGGCGACAAUUGUGACGCUGGAUGAGGAUUGGCAGAUGGGGACGGUGAAGCAUCUGGCCAAGAAGUAUGAUCAGUUGGCACUCGAGGCGAUUAAGAUCCGAAAGUAG